AUGUUCCGCGGUCGUAUAGAGCUCAUCAUCGGCCCGAUGUUCGCCGGCAAGACAACAGAGCUAAUGCGCCGCGUCAAACGCGAGAUCCACGCUCGUCACAGCUGCUUUGUCAUCAAGUACUCCAAGGACACUCGCUACGAUGAGCACAACGUCGCCUCGCAUGACCAGCUGAUGCUACGGGCGCAGGCAGCCGUCUCGCAGCUGAAGGAGGUUCAGGACACGUGGCAGAGGUUCGACGUACUGGCGAUUGACGAGGGCCAGUUCUUCUCGGACCUGGUAGACUUCUGCAACACCGCUGCUGACGCAGGCAAGGUCGUCAUGGUGUCGGCCCUCGAUGGCGAUUACCGGCGCAAACCGUUUGGGCAGAUCUGCGAGCUCGUCCCGUAUUGCGAGGCGGUGGAUAAGCUAACGGCGGUGUGCAUGAUGUGCCACGAGCAGCCAGCCUGCUUUACUCGGCGCACCGUCAAGGUGGAGCAGCAGGAGCUCAUUGGUGGCGCAGACAUGUACAUUGCCACCUGCCGCGAGUGCUACACGAAGCAGCAGCUGCCUUCGAUUGAGGAAAUGCGGACGCAGCAGAUGGCCAUCAAGGAGGUCGAGAAGCGCUACCUCCGCAUGGCAGAGAAGGCGAACCCCAGUCCCCAGACACCCGAGAAGCCGGCCGGCGGGUGGGGCACUAAGAGCAAGGUCGCGACGUUGACGACGGUGACAAUAGAGGGUGCGGCUGCGUCUGGGGCGUCGACUAACAUGAAAGCGAGUCGGGACCUGGACGAGAUGACGGACUUCGUCACUGACCCAUCCAAGUACCAACGCCUGGAGCCUGCAUGCACAGCGCUAGCCGAGUCCUCAGAGUAA